AUGUUCAUAAUUAAAAGGCUAUCCCGAAGACCCGUUGUUCACGACCCUGGAGGCAAUCGCAGCGCGGGAACAAUCAUCAUAAGCCACUAUACUAAGCUCGCUUCAAGCAUUAUGGAUGACGCGGCUGGUAUCAUCGAUAACCCGGAGAAUGGAUUGUUACUCGAGGUAGUACUGCGCACUUACUUUGGCAGCUACGCGUGGUGCCUACACCCCGCAGUACGUGCACUUGUUCCGCCCUGUCCCUUUUGGUUUGGAAGGUUUUUCACACAAGUCCAAUUCCGGGAUCACUCUCAAAGUGGCAUUCAGCCUCCCAACCCUACGCUCAUUGCGCUCCAUUCUGCGGUUGCCCAUGUCCUAUACCUCAGCGGUGCUGCAGACGUCAUAGACAAGGUCUAUGAUGCGUUCCUUGAUGAUGGUCCUAUGACUCUCGUUGACUGGGUUGACGACGAACAACCACCAAGUACCAACGAACCCUCACGGGUGGGACUGAUCCUGCAUGAGGCGGAUGUAUCGUAG